AUGACAAUCAAAAUAUAUCUAUUCACGAGUUCCAUUCUAUCCAAUUUGACGAAUUUCAAAUCCUAUACCGAAUCAAUAUGUACUUCACUUGAUACAUAUUCUACAGUGAUAGCUUCGUUACCAGAGCAAUUAUCCAAGGUUAUCAACCACAUGGUUGCAUCUACUUUAAAUAGCAUGAAAAUGCAAUCUUUGAAGACGUUAAUAUCAAUAAUAACUAUUAUAAAACUGUUAAUCGUGUUUUAUAUAGAUAUAUUCUUAGGAACUUAUGUUUGUCUCUUGACAGCUGCAGUUGGUGGAACCGUUGAUUUUGCACUAGAUUCUACUCAAGUGGUCCUUAAAUCGGUAAAUGAAACUAUUAUUUCAAUAAGUGAAGAUAUUCAAGAUGGGUUGAACGGACUACUGAAGGUGAUUAAUAAACUACUCUCUGGAGUUGAUAAAGUAAAAUCGUUCUUUACAAAUCAAGAUACUGAUUCUUCACAGUAUGCUGAUAAAGUUAAUUUAUCUAUAAAAGCAUUGCAAAACGUAAAAAUUCCCGAGUCAGUACUUACGGAUAUCGAAAAGUUUAAAGAUAAAGUACCAGACUUCAACGAAUUACAAAAUACAUCAAAACUAUUAAGUAAACCAUUUGAGAAAAUAACCCUGGAACUAAAUGAACUGGUUCACUUUAAAAAUAUUACAUCUGACCAAUUGAAAUUAGCAGAUACUCCAUCUGUUAAUUUUUGUUCAAAUUCGUUAGAUAUAGACAAAUUCUACACGGAGUUGGCCAAAAAAGUUCAGCUAACUUCCAAUAUAAUCAUAAUUGUCUUACUUAUCAUGGCAAUGUUUGCAAUUGCCUCAUUUGUUGUUGUUGAAUAUUUCAAAUGGAGAAAAUCCCAACGCAUGAUAAAUGAAAUACUUUUGAAUAAAAAUCAGGAAUCAUAUUUUGUUCUGACAAGGAAUAUAAUGAAUAGAUACAAUAGUAGCUUGAUUUAUUACAUUGAAAGAUUCGUCUCUAUUCUGCCUUCAAGAAAGGAUAAUGUAUUCUGGUUGUUAUCCUAUAUUACGACUUCAUAUUCUUUAACGGUUCUCAUUAUCGGAAUUGCUGGUCUAUUCACCGUCUUACUCCAAUAUAUUAUCCUUAAAAUUAUCUUGACAAGCUUUAAAAGUCUCAAAACAGAUUUGAAAGAUAUUAAGACCCAAAUGACCAAGUUAAUGGAAAAUGCAACCUCGGUUUAUAUAAGACAGACAAACAAUUACAUUGGAUCACAACAAAAACAGAUAAAUGAUGAAUUAUUUGGUAAUAUAAAGUCGGCUUCGGCGUCAGUAAACUCAACUAUAAAUGAUUUUCUAACGAAAAUGAAUACUACUAUAAACUCAGUAUUCGCUAGUACACCAUUUAGUAAACCUGUCAAUACAGUCGUAUAUUGUACCAUAGGGAAAAAACUUCUUAAGAUUGAACAAGGAUUAACAUGGAUAGUAGAUAAUUUGUCAGUUUCACUACCACAGUUACCUAAAAACCUAACGGAAGACUUUAUGACCAACUAUUCCAAAGAUCAUAGCGGUAUUCAUAAACUUACCGACAACAUUACAAGUGGUAUCACUCUAUUACUUGAUACAUAUAAAAAGAGUUUGCUCAUAGAACUAUAUAUUUCUUCUGCUAUAUUAGGAAUCUGGAUAUUGCAAAUAGUCAUUGGGCUCAUUUUAAUAUGGUACAGAAGUUUCAAAAGUCGUAAAGUAGAUAAUGAACCUGAAAAAAUACAAGGAGAACCAAUAAUCGGAAACCCUAAACCCUUGACAGCAGAACAAAGAAAGGAGUAUGGCUAUCCUCAUAUAGAUCCAUUUAAUGAAAAGGUUGACGCUAGUUCAAGUAUAUACUCAUUGUAA